GGGCCAUUGAACACCCCUCUUCUCUCCCCUCAUAAACACCCCCUCACUCCCCCUCAAACCAUGGCGCAAACCAUCCUCCUCGAAACCUCCAUGGGCAGCAUAACCCUCGAACUCUACACCACCCACGCCCCCAAAACCUGCCGCAACUUCCUCACCCUCGCCAGCAGAAACUACUACACCAACACCAUCUUCCACCGCAUCAUCCCCAACUUCAUGAUCCAAGGCGGCGAUCCCACGGGCACCGGGCGCGGCGGCGCCAGCAUCUACGGCGACAAGUUCGAAGACGAGAUCCGGUCGGAUUUGAAGCAUACGGGGGCCGGCGUGCUGAGUAUGGCGAAUAGCGGGCCGGAUACGAAUGGGAGUCAGUUUUUCAUUACGUUGGCGCCGACGCCUUGGUUGGAUGGGAAGCAUACUAUCUUUGGGCGGGUGAAGAGUGGGAUGCGCGUUGUGCAGCGGAUGGGGUUGGUGAAGACGGGGGAGCAGGAUAGGCCGGAGGAGGAGGUGAGGAUUCUGGGGACGAGGGUGUUGGAGGGGGAGAAGGAGGGGUGAAGAGACACAGAGUAGACUCGAAGUUGUUUUGCGGUGGUACGUAUUGACAAUGUCCUCCUCAGGACUCACUUUGCUGACUGCAUCAUCAGUCGACUAGAGCGGGCCGUUGGGGUGGACCAACACCUUGGUGUACCCCUCAACUCUCCUGUCGAAUUUGUCGUACGCCUCCGGAGCUUCGUCAAGGCCACACUCGUGCGACACGACAAAGGAAGGCUUGGCGC